GGGCCCGAUACACGCUAGUAGAAGCCGGGUGGCUGCAGAGCCGGAGCAGGGCCGCCGCGCCGCGCCAUGGCGCCCACCUUGGCCACUGCCCAUCGGCGCCGCUGGUGGAUGGCCUGCACAGCCGUGUUGGAAAACCUCCUCUUCUCGGCAGUCCUCCUGGGCUGGGGCUCGCUGCUCAUCAUGCUCAAGUCGGAGGGCUUCUACUCAUACCUGUGUACUGAGCCAGAGAAUGUCACCAACGGCACAGUGGGGGACACGGAAGAGCUGGAGCACGAGGAGGUCAGCUGGAUGAAUGGCUGGCUCAGCUGCAAGGCCCAGGAUGAGAUGCUAAACUUGGCCUUCACCGUAGGCUCCUUCCUGCUCAGCGCCAUCACCCUACCUCUAGGCAUCGUCAUGGACAAGUAUGGCCCGAGGAAGCUCAGGCUGCUGGGCAGUGCCUGCUUUGCUGUCUCCUGCUUGCUGAUUGCAUAUGGAGCAAGUAACCCAAACUCUCUGUCUGUGCUCAUCUUCAUCGCCCUGUCUCUGAAUGGCUUUGGUGGGAUGUGCAUGACUUUCACCUCGUUAACACUACCCAACAUGUUUGGUGACCUUCGGUCCACGUUUAUUGCCUUGAUGAUUGGAUCCUAUGCCUCCUCAGCAGUCACCUUCCCAGGAAUCAAGGUCAUCUAUGACUUUGGUGCCUCCUUCAUCAUCAUCCUCGUGGUCUGGGCCGGCUGCUCCGGAUUGGUUUUCCUCAACUGCUUCUUGAACUGGCCCCUGGAGCCUUUCCCAGGGCCGGAGGACAUGGACUACUCGGUGAAGAUCAAGUUCAGCUGGCUGGGCUUUGACCACAAGAUCACAGGGAAGCAGUUCUACAAGCAGGUGACCACGGUGGGGCGCCGCCUCAGCGUGGGCAGCUCCAUGAGGAGCAGCAAGGAGCAAGCGGCACUGCAGGAGGGCCAUAAGCUGUGCCUGUCCACCAUUGACCUGGAGGUGAAGUGCCAGCCAGACACCGCAGCGGCCCCCUCCUUCAUGCACAGCGUGUUCAGCCCCAUCCUGCUGCUCAGCCUGGUCACCAUGUGCAUCACACAGCUACGGCUCAUCUUCUACAUGGGCGCCAUGAACAAUAUCCUCAAGUUCCUGGUCAGCGGUGAUCAGGAUGUAGUGAUGGCUACCGUUGGCCUCUACACCUCCAUCUUCGGUGUGCUCCAGCUGCUUUGCCUGCUGACAGCCCCUGUCAUUGGCUACAUCAUGGACUGGAGGCUGAAGGAGUGUGAAGAUGCCUCUGAGGAACCUGAGGAGAAAGACGCCAACCAGGGCGAGAAGAAGAAGAAGCGAGACCGGCAGAUCCAGAAAGUCACCAACGCCAUGCGGGCCUUCGCCUUCACAAAUGUGCUGCUUGUGGGCUUUGGGGUGACCUGUCUCAUUCCCAACCUGCCUCUGCAGAUCCUCUCCUUUAUCCUGCACACGAUUGUGCGAGGAUUCAUCCACUCUGCCGUCGGGGGCCUGUAUGCCGCCGUGUACCCCUCCACCCAGUUUGGCAGCCUCACAGGACUGCAGUCGCUGGUCAGUGCACUCUUCGCUCUCCUGCAGCAGCCCCUGUUUCUGGCCAUGAUGGGUCCCCUCCAAGGAGACCCUCUAUGGGUGAAUGUGGGGCUGCUUGCCCUGAGCAUGCUGGGGUUCUGCCUCCCCCUCUACCUCGUCUGCUACCGGCGCCAGCUGGAGAGGCAGCUACAGCAGAAGAGGGAGGAUGACAAGCUUUUCCUCAAGCUGAACGGCUCCUCCAACCCAGAGGCUUUCGUGUAGCGCUCGCCGCCUCGGAACUGUGGCCUCCUGCCCUUGCUUCAGUGACUCACCGGUGUCCUUCUCCCCAUCCCAGAGGACCUCUGUGCACCCUCAGGAUCCUCUCCUUCACCAUUUUGGAGUCCACGCUCCCUCCCAGGACCCUGGUCCUGCCUUGGAGCUCUGCAGCGCUAGGACGGACGGGAGAGGGCCCGGAUGUGCGAUGUUCCUACUGCUGGAAGCAAGGGCUGGCCUGGGCUUUGCUCUGCCACUGUCGAGGGGCCCCGGAGCCUUGAGGCACAAUGGUGCCUGCAGGAGGAGCAAGGAGGACCUCCAGCAGGCAGGCUCUCUCUCCCUUAAGUGUCUGGAUUCUGCCUCUUGCCAAAGCAGAGGGGUCUGCCACCUACUGCCUGCCACCUGCCCCUCAGCUGCAUGCCCACUGGCCACACCUGCCCAAGGACAAAGGCUUGCACUGUCUGCGCGCCCUCGCCUGGCCCCUCAACCUCCUCCCUGGCCAGUCUGAGGCUGCCUGAGGAAGGAAGGACCCGCUUCCUGUUGUUGGUGCUAACUCCUUUGUAAUUCCAGCCCCCUGUGGCCUGUCCGUGACCUGUCCUCCUGUUAUAGGCCUGUGGAGAAGCCCCCCUGGCUUAAAGCCUGGGGAGGGGACGGAGGGCUGGAUAGUCAUGCACGGCUAGGAGCCAAGGACAAGGCUGCUUAGCAGUCCCUCACCUCCUCCCUCAGGGCAGGGAGCAAGUUUCCACUGCCACCCUUCAUCCAGUCUGUGACCCGAAGGGAAU